AUGAAGUACUGGUUGUAUUUACUUUUCUGUUGCUCUUUGGUGACCGGAAUUCUGGGAUCCAUUUCGGAUAAGGACCUGGCAGAAGCCCUAACUCAAGUGGUGGUCAAUUCGGAGAUGGGUCACCUAAAGACCCUGUACAUUUACACCCACAUAAGUUCGCAAUCGACGGAAGGCCAUUUGGAGGAGCUGCUCGACCAGCUGCUGAUUACUCUGCCACCCACUUUGCAGGCUCGUAGGUUGUUCCUUCAGCAGUCUAUGGAUUACAAACCCUAUGUGCAUGUCGUGCUCGCUUUGGUCGAUGAUCUUCAGGCUUUAAAGGCGAUUUAUAAACGCAUUCGAGCCACCCAGGAUCUGUCGUACACCCUGAUAUACAUGUCCCUGCCCACGGAUGCGUAUGGUGAGCAGAUCCAGUUGGUCCUCCAACUGUUGUGGCGUCUCAGUGUGCUGAAUGUGGGGGUGGUACUCCGCCCCCCGGGUGGCCAACUCCUCCUGGUCAGCUACUUUCCGUUCAGUGCCUCCCACGGGUGCCAAGUGAUCGCGGCCAAUGUGGUGAAUCGGUAUCAAGUGGAGCGUGGCCAUUGGGCUAGCCAGGAUUACUUUCCCCCCAAGCUGGGCAACUUCUAUGGUUGUCUCUUAACCUGCGCCACCUGGGAGGACAUGCCCUAUUUGGUCUGGCGUCGCGAUGGCAGCGGAUCCUUCGUGGGCAUCGAGGGGGCUCUGCUGCAGUUCAUGGCCGACAACCUGAACUUCAGCGUGGGUCUCUACUGGAUGAACAAGGAGGAGGUGCUGGCCACUUUCGACGAGUCGGGCAGGAUAUUCGAUGAGAUCUUUGGCCACCAUGCGGACUUCUCGCUGGGCGGCUUCCAUUUCAAGCCGAGCGCCGGAAGUGAGAUUCCCUACUCGCAGUCCACCUACUACUUCAUGAGCCACAUCAUGCUGGUCACGAACCUGCAGAGUGCCUACUCCGCCUACGAGAAGCUGGCCUUUCCCUUCGCCCCUCUCCUGUGGCGAGCCAUUGGCCUGGUCCUGAUCCUGGCCUGCCUGCUCCUCGUCGCGGUGAAGCAUUGCUGGCGUGGCCUCGAGUUGCCCAGGAAUCCCUACUACGAGCUCUUUGUCCUGACCAUGGGCGGCAAUGUGGAGGAUCGUUGCCUGCCACGCAGGAUUUCCGGGCGUUUGGUGCUGCUCACCUGGCUGAUGGCCACUUUGGUCCUGCGGAGUGGCUACCAGUCGGGGAUGUACCAGCUGCUGCGGCAGGACACCCAGCGGAAUCCGCCGCAAACUAUUAACGAGGUGCUGGCCCAGCGCUUCACCAUCCAGCUGGCGGAGGUGAAUGAAGCGAGGAUUGUGGCCAGCCUGCCGGAGUUGCGACCCGAGCAGCUGGUUCACCUGGAGGGCAGUGAGCUGCAAUCCUUUCCAGCCCUGGCCCAGCUCAGCGGCUCCUCCGCCCGCGUGGCCAUCCUUACUCCGUACGAGUACUUUGGCUACUUCCGGAAGGUGCAUCCGAUGAGCCGGCGAUUGCAUUUGGUGCGCGAACGCAUCUACACCCAACAGCUGGCCUUCUAUGUGCGGCGUCACUCGCAUCUGGUGGGUGUGCUGAACCAGCAGAUCCACUAUGCCCACUCGCAUGGCUUCCUGGAGCACUGGACGCGCCAGUAUGUGAGUGCCGUGGACGAGGCUGACGAGAGUGUGGCCCGGAUUGCCUCCACUUCGUAUAGCACCCUGGACGGGAUCGAUGGCGAUCCCCGGCUGACGGAGGCGGAGGAGCAGCAGGUGGCCCCCGUGCGCCAGAAUGUGCUCUCCAUGCGGGAGCUGGCCGCUCUCUUCUGGCUCGUUCUCUGGGCAAAUCUGGGAGCGCUGGUGGUCUUCGUCCUGGAACUGCUGCUGCCCAGGAUGAAACUUAGGAGAAGGAUUGCAAAAAUAUCGCGAACCAAAGAAGAAUCGACGUGUGCCCAAAAAAAUGUGACACGCAUGCGAAUAAAGUAA